CUCGACUCUUUGCGCCACGACUUCUCAAGGCUUAGAAGUCCGCUAGAUAACAUGGACGACCUUUAUGACGAGUUUGGUAACUUCAUUGGCGAGGCAGUCUCAGACGAAGAGGGCAUUGACGCUGGCGACGCUGGCCAGAACUAUGUUUACGAUGAGGAUUCCGACGUGGAGCAGCAGCCUCAAGAGGAUGGGUUGAUGGAAGUGGACGAAGAGGCACCUUCGAAUGCGGUCAUACUACACGAAGACAAGCAAUAUUACCCCACUGCGCAGCAAGUUUAUGGCGAAGAUGUCGAGACCCUCGUCCAGGAAGAAGAUGCGCAGCCGCUCACACAGCCCAUUAUUGCACCUGUCACCCAGAAGAAAUUUCAGGUGCAGGAAGCUGACCUACCACCGGUCUACUACUCGCGCGAGUUCAUGACAGACCUCCUCAAUUUUCCCGAAGGAAUCCGGAACAUAGCCGUUGCUGGGCACUUACACCAUGGGAAGACUGCCUUCGUGGAUAUGCUGGUGAUGCAGACACAUGAUCUACAAGAUAGACUGGAUAAGAGAGUAGGAAAGAGACGGGACGAGCAGCUCAGAUAUACCGACACACAUUUCCUGGAACGCGAACGAGGCGUUUCGAUCAAGUCUGCGCCGAUCAGUUUGGUCAUGCAGGGCACUAAGGGGAAAUCGCACAUUCUCAACAUCAUUGACACGCCAGGUCACGUAAACUUUGUGGACGAAGUCGCGUCAAGUUUACGGCUGGUCGACGGCGUUGUGCUGGUGGUAGAUGUGGUCGAAGGCGUCCAGGUUAAUACUGAGCAGGUGAUUAAGCAUGCGGUUCUGGAAGACAUUCCUAUGGUGUUGGUCGUAAACAAGAUGGAUCGGCUGAUCCUGGAACUAAAGAUUCCGCCGACAGAUGCCUACUUCAAGCUGAAACACGUUGUCGAAGAGGUCAACACCAUCAUCGAAAACACAAUACCCGGCCGUGGGGAGAGCAAGAGGUUAUCGCCUGAAAAGGGCAACGUCGCUUUUGCGUGCAGCUCUAUGGAUUGGGUCUUCACUUUACCAUCUUUUGCAAGGAUGUAUGCGGAGACUUACCCGAAGGUCGACGCCGCCGAAUUUGCGAGGAGGCUCUGGGGCGAUAUCUUUUUCAACCCUCGAAGUCGGAAGUUUACUCGGAAGGGCAUCGAAGAAGGCUCGAAGCGAUCCUUUGUGAAUUUUGUGCUCGAACCUAUCUACAAGCUGUACUCCCAUACUAUCAGCGAGAGCCCAGAAGACCUUGGCGCGACUCUCAGCACUCUGGGUAUCGCCUUGAAGCCGUCGCAGUUGAAGUCGGAUGCGAAUGUCUUGCUCAAGCUGGUAUGCGCCCAGUUCUUCGGGCCCGCAAGUGGCUUUGUGGAUAUGGUCGUCCAACACGUGCCUUCUCCAGCAGAGGGUGCGAAAAGGAUGCUUGACAACUACUACACAGGCUCUCAAGAUGGAGCGGUGAGUGAAUCCAUGUCAAAUUGCGAUGCGGAAGGUCCACUAGUCGUCCAUGUGACGAAACUAUUCAGCUCUUCAGACGCGAAAUCGUUCAAUGCUUUUGGACGCAUUAUGUCGGGUACAGCAUCCCCUGAUCAGCCUGUACGAGUUCUCGGCGAGUCUUACAGCCUUGAGGAUGAGGAAGAUUCGACGACAGCAAUAAUCACAGCAACGUAUCUCGGGUGUUCACGGUACAAUAUACCAGUGUCAGGAGUACCGGCGGGCAAUCUAGUUCUCCUCUCAGGCAUCGACAAUUCAAUCGUCAAGACAGCAACCGUCAUCUCAGAAAAAUUCCCGAACAACGAAGACGCAUAUAUCUUCAGGCCUGUCCGACAUUUUACAGAGUCUGUCUUUAAGGUCGCGGUGGAACCGGUAAAUCCUUCGGAACUGCCAAAAAUGCUGGAGGGCCUGCGGAAAAUCAAUAAAUCCUAUCCUCUCAUCACCACAAAGGUAGAAGAAUCGGGCGAGCAUGUUGUCCUUGGUACGGGCGAGCUAUACAUGGACUGUGUACUGCACGAUCUACGGACACUGUACGCAGAAAUGGACAUCAAGGUGUCCGAUCCAGUCACCAGAUUUUGCGAGACCGUCACCGAAACUAGCGCAAUCAUGUGCUAUGCUUUGACGCCGAACAAGAAGAACAAACUGACCAUGAUAGCUGAGCCGCUCGAUGACGGCAUUGCGGAAGAUAUCGAGGCUGGCGUGGUUAAGAUUCGAGAUCCGAUUCGGAAAGUGGCCAAAUUCUUCGAAGAAAAGUACGAAUGGGACAAGUUGGCUGCGAGAUCGAUAUGGGCGUUUGGACCAGAGGAGAUGGGACCGAACAUCUUAUGUGACGACACUUUACCUUCGAACACGGACAAGAAACUUCUCAAAUCAGUGCAGGAGAGCAUCAAGCAGGGGUUCUCUUGGGGUACGCGUGAAGGACCACUCUGCGAAGAGCCGAUCCGCAAUACUAAGUUCCGGGUCACCGGUGCCGAGCUAGCCACCGAGCCAAUCUUCCGUGGUGGUGGGCAGAUCAUUCCUACUGCGCGACGAGCAGUCUACAGCUCCUUCCUGAUGGCCGGGCCCCGACUCAUGGAGCCGAUUUAUAGUGUGCACAUGACGGGUCCUGCGGACUCAAUUUCAGGGCUCUACACCGUGCUGAUGAAGAGACGUGGCCAUGUCAUCAGCGACGGCCCAGUGGCAGGCACACCGCUGUACGCCGCGAAAGCUCUGCUGCCGGUCAUUGAUAGUUUUGGCUUCGAGACUGACCUGCGCAUUCACAGCCAAGGUGCAGCAAGCGUCUCGCUCGUGUUUGAUCGGUGGGAUGUGGUUCCGGGAGAUCCAUUGGAUAAGAGCAUUCGCAUUCGACCUUUGGAGAUGGCUGGUCCUCAGCAAGCUGCAAGAGACUUUGUGCUCAAGACGAGGAGAAGAAAGGGAUUGAGCGAGGAUGUGGAUGUGAAGAGGUUUUUGGAGCCAGAAUUGCUGGCUGGAUUGCGGGAGAGUGGUGUCCUGGAUUGAUCAUUGAGUAUCGGGGACAAGCUUUGAUUUAUUUGAGCUUUGAAAAUGGGCUUUUCCUGCGGCGCCUGACUCGAUCGGCUCAAUUACCAAGUGGAACCAGCUGCUGAAUGCUGGUUGAGGCUAUUUGGUGGAUUACACAACAGCUUGAAGCGUAACAGGGAGCCAUCGACUCGGGGAGUGAUGAUUCAGGGUCUGCACUGGAGUAUCUCCUGGAAGCGCAGAGCUCAUGCACCUAAGAUGAACUUCCACCCAGAACCCGGACAUAGUGGCUUGCGGAAUACCUCAAC